CCCAAACAAGCGUCAAUCUACAGCUCACGCCCGCGACCACCGCCCAAUCCACCAAUUUCCCUACAGUCGCAACAAUGGACGCCUCCAAGCAGCCCGUCAAGCUCGUCAAGGUCACCCGAGUCCUCGGCCGAACCGGUUCUCGUGGUGGUGUCACCCAGGUCCGCGUUGAGUUCAUGGACGACCAGACCCGAUCCAUCAUCCGAAACGUCAAGGGCCCAGUCCGUGAGGACGACAUCCUUUGCCUCCUCGAGUCCGAGCGUGAGGCCCGACGACUACGAUAAAUGUGCAUUCUGGGGAGCAUGGGGUUCUUGGAAGACGGUCAACGACGGAUGGUCUAUGCAUGCUGAGGCGUGCGCGCCUUGUAUUGGGACAUUGACCUGGAGCUGCACAUUACCCUUUUGGCACUCCAGUUUCAUUUGUUAGAGGAGGCACACGGACGGGUCUGGGAUAACGAAAAAUUCCAGAACAGUUCUUCUUCUGCAUGCAGCAUUGGAAUCCGACGAAAAAGUGAAAUUCAUUCUUGUUUCUCUCGCACACGACUUCCUCUAUCUCCUUCUCAAACACACGUCUCGCGCCCUCUCGAAGCUCGGACAAGGAAACGAACUUGGGGGGGAGGAUAUGCAGUCAACACGUGCUACGAUAAUUCAAUGACCUCAGUUUCGGUAUUGACCUAGCAACAGGAGAAUUCAUGCCUCUUCUUAUGACA